AGAGAGAGAGAGAGAGAGAGAGAGAGAGAGAGAGAGAGAGAGAGAGAGAGGGCGCGUGCGGGGGGAUAUUUUCGGAAUUCUAAACAACAACAAAAUGCAAAUUGUUACAUUAUGUCAGAUUGUUUCUGUUGCAUUAUUGGCAUUGACUGUCAAUGCAACAGUUUUCUUUCAAGAGCAGUUUCUGGAUGGAGAUGCCUGGAAAAGUCGGUGGGUGAAUUCAGAACACAAAUCUGAAUAUGGGCAGUUUAAACUGACCGCUGGGAACUUUUAUGGAGAUGCUGAGAAAGACCAGGGUUUGCAGACAAGUCAGGAUGCCCGCUUCUAUGCCGCCUCUGCCCGCUUUGAGCCCUUCAGCAACGAGGGCAAAUCUCUGGUGAUCCAGUUCACCGUUAAACACGAGCAGAAGAUCGACUGUGGUGGCGGAUAUGUUAAAGUUUUCCCCGCUGAUCUCAACCAGGCAGACAUGCACGGCGACUCCCAGUAUUACAUCAUGUUCGGGCCUGAUAUCUGCGGCUACAGCACUAAGAAGGUUCACGUCAUCUUCAACUACAAAGGGAAAAAUCAUCUCAUCAAGAAAGAGAUCAAAUGCAAGGACGAUGAGCUGACUCACUUGUACACAUUGAUUCUGAAUCCGGAUCAGACAUAUGAGGUGAAGAUCGACAAUGAGAAGGUGGAAUCCGGCACUCUGGAGGAGGACUGGGACUUCCUGCCCGCAAAGAAGAUCAAAGAUCCCAGCGCCAAGAAACCAGAGGACUGGGAUGACCGCGCCAAGAUCGAUGACGAGACUGACACCAAACCAGAGGACUGGGAUAAGCCUGAGAAUAUUCCUGAUCCUGAUGCUAAGAAGCCAGAAGACUGGGAUGAAGACAUGGAUGGAGAGUGGGAGCCUCCCAUGAUUCCAAACCCAGAGUACAAGGGUGAGUGGAAACCCAAACAGAUUGAUAAUCCAAACUACAAGGGAGUCUGGGUGCACCCUGAAAUCGACAACCCCGAGUACACCCCAGAUGACCAGAUCUACAAAUUCGACAACAUCGGAGUCAUCGGUUUGGAUCUCUGGCAGGUCAAGUCUGGCACUAUUUUUGACAACUUCUUCAUCACAGAUGACGUGAAGGCAGCAGAAGAUUUUGGAAAUGAAACGUGGGGUGCUACAAAGGGUCCCGAGAAAAAGAUGAAAGACGAACAGGAUGAGAAGAAACAGAAAGAGGAAGAGGAGAAGAACAAAGAGCAGAGCACUGAAGCUGAUGAUGAGGAGGAGGAGGAAGAUGAAGAUGAGGAGGAAGAUGAAGAGGAGACAGACGAGCCGCCAGCGGAGGAAGAAGACGAGGAAGCUCUUCCUAAAGACGAACUUUAAAGCGGGAAUCAGACUAACAUAUUCUGUGGUUGCCAGGGAAACGGCUGCAGUGCAUUCAUUCUAGAUGUGACGCCCCCCCCCAGUGGUGAUGUCAUACAGCGGCGGUUCUCAGAUGGCUUCAGUCAUCGUUUAUUUUGAUUGCAUGGGAAAGUGGCGCUGAGACGAGCAAGUUUGUUCCAUGCAAUGAAAGUGAACAUUAAUUUUGGGGUGAACUGUUCCUUUUAAAGAGACAGUUUGGUUUGUUUUUUUGUUUUUUAAAGAAUUGUCUUUCUACGGUACCAGAAGUCACAAUGCGGAACUUCAUUGAAUGAUUGAUGGUCAGAUUAUUGUGCCUUUCACGUUUAUAAAUGAAUGAUUCUGAAAGAAAGAAAAUUGAACCUGUAUCGUCACUCUUUCUUGAGACUUUCAUGUCCAUGUUGUGUCUCGGUUAUGCUUCGUUGGACUGAAGGAACUCGUCUGAAUUCAUGAAGUUUAUAUUUGUGUAUGUAAACAAUGUUACUGGUCUGGCUAUUACACAAUUCAUGGCUCGCAAAGUUGUUUCCCUCGUAAAAAUGUGACGAUCACAAAGGGCAAUGAAACGCAAUUGUUGAACUUGAAUCGAUGAUGUUGCCCUUUUAUCAAUAAGAGAUUAAUGGGGUCACAGGCUGGGUUUUAAAUGAUGAAUGUUUGUACUGUAGCGCAAAUGUAAUGUAGAAUUACAUGAUGUUCCUUUGGCCAUAUGUUUGUUGGGGUUAUGCUAUUAUUAGGUGAUUACCUAAACAGGACUUUCAGUAAAGCUUUAUUUAUUACAAUAGAAAUGUAAUUAGUUUUACCUUGCAAUCUUGUUGGUAACAGUUGAGAAGUCCAAUUGGUGGUGUAAGUUUUUUUUUUAUAUACAAUCUAAACAUUUGUUGAAGUUAAAUGAGCUAUAUUAAGGGAAGUGGUAAUAUAUUUGCAGAGAUUUAAACUGCAACACAACAAACGAGUCGUUAGCACACUGUGAACGUAAAGUCCCAAAUGUUCAAACUGGAGUAGUUUUGAAAAUCCUUUUUACACGUCGAGAGUUGUAAUUAAUGAAUUAAAGUUUUAAUAAAAAUCUUUAUUGUAAACACUC